UUCUAACCAUUUGUUAGAGCAACAAACUAGACAACGAACAAGACAUGUUCUUACUCUUCUGCUUGUGUUCAACCGUCUUCCUGUCCGCAGCGCAGAGCGUUCCGCUUCCUGCAACAGGUAAAAGGUUCAAGCGGAAAAUUACAGAGGACUUCAACUCGGGCCAAGAAGUCUUCCCUGAUGUUAGCAUAGCUGAUGAGAUAAUUCGCGCCAAUCAAGCUGACGAUAUCGAUCUGUUUGAAGGGGAUAUUGUCUUAGCGGCAACUCACCACAGCCAACCCGCAAAGCGCAGCGCACCGAGGCACAGGGCAAGCCUUUGGCUGACAAAAAAGAUCCCGUACGAAAUGGACGCAUCACUUACUGAUACCCUGCUGGCCACAAACAUUGCCAUCGCCAUUGGCGAGUUCAAUAACUUGACAUGCGUACAAUGGGAGCCGAGGAGGACCGAAGUCAACUGGGUUCGUUUUGUUCAAACAAACGGGUGCUGGUCAGCGGUCGGUAGGCAGUACUGGCAAAAAGGCGCCCAAGAAGUGUCGUUGUCACGUGGUUGCAGUAAUCCAGGUGCUAUAUUACACGAGAUGAUGCACGCUAUCGGCUUGUGGCACGAACAGUCGAGACCUGAUAGAGACCAGCACGUGGAGGUCAUGUGGGAGAACAUCUUGCCAGGUAAAGAACAGAACUUUGAGAAAUACCGUCACGACAGAGUGGACGCAAUGGGGCUGAGAUAUGACUUCAACAGUCUGUUGCAUUACGGUAACCGUGCCUUUGGCGCUAACGGCAAACAGACGCUGCAGGCGCUGGGCAAUCCGUUGCGACCACUGGGGGGGCAAUCAAGGCCGAGCCAAGGAGACGUGAUCAAGAUUGACACGCUUUACGACUGUAAAGGGCCAAAAGAUGGGUGGAGUUCAUGGACGGCUUUCUCUCCAUGUGAUAGUGCCUGCAAUAAACACCGCCAGCGGUUCUGCACAUCAGAGUCACGUGAUACAUCGUGCCCCGGAGCCGACCGGCACGGCGUGCAGACAGAAGCGUUGGAGUGUGCGCAUCAAGACUGUCACGUACCGCUGGAUGGUCACUGGGGCCGCUGGUCCUCAUGGUCUAGCUGCAGUGUGUCAUGUGACCUUGGCGUCCGCACCAGAACGAGGUCUUGUGAUGACCCGGUACCGUCUGAUGAAGGGUUACCCUGUGUUGGUAAUGCUUCUGAUCACAGAUCUUGCGUGACAAGAUUCUGCGACGCCGAUACCGCUGAUUGUACCUUUGACGAGAACUGGUGUCACUGGUCUAACGACAACACAGGCUCUAGCCCAUUUCCAUGGAAACGCAGUUCAGAAGGCACACCCACAUCCGGUACUGGACCAUCAAAAGACCAUACUUCCGGUCUAGGAAGUUUUGUGUACGCAGAAUCCUCGUCUCCAGUUCGCCACGGCCAGACGACGCGCCUUAUCAGCCAGGCGUUCCAAGCGACCUCAGCAACCUGCCUCAGCUUCUUCUAUCACAUGUACGGCGACGGCAUCGGGGGCCUGGAAGUCUACCUCGUAAACUCAUCCCGCACCAUGGCCAUAGUGUGGACCAGGAGGGGUAACCAUGGGAACCAGUGGCUUCAGGGCUUGGUGGAUAUUAAGAGUAGCGAUACAUAUCAGGUGAUGUUUGAAGCGAUUCGCGGUACAAGUUACUAUGGUGAUAUUGCUCUCGAUGACGUCACAUUCAGGAAUGGUGACUGCAACUGCCCACUCCAGAAACAACAAUUACGCAUGCGCCAACCAUCCCACAUUAAGAAUAUCCCUAAGAAGCCUUGGAACACUAAAAAAUAGAAAAAUUAGACGUUUUUAUAUAAAAAAGUGUAUAUAAGCUAUAAAGACAACAUCAGCAAUGACAACAACAACGAAUAGACAAAAUAGCUGUAAUAGUAACAGCAACAACAGGGGAAAAAAUGCGAUAUCAAUGAUAAGUACACCAGCUUCAGAGCCAAUAAAAAGCUGCUUAAUCGCACUUCAGUUUGCGAUCAGAGUCAAGGUAUCACACACAAAUUUCAACAAAUGUGUGAUUGUAUAAUAAUAUAAUAAUCUCUAAUAAGUUCUAAUAAUCUUUUCUGUAGCUGAUGUUUGUGAUUUUGGAACGUCAUCCGGGACCUAUUGCACUUGGUAUAAUUACCCGACGGAUUCUCGGACGCCGACCAGCGUGUAUCGGUAUAACUGGUGGCUACACUCUGGUCGAAGUCCGUGUUUCGGCACCAGGUAGAAUACCGCCUGGGGCAAACGAUCACAUGUAAUAUCUAGUAUUCCUUAUGUAUAUGAAAGGACACAUAUUUUUAU